AUGUGUCCGGUGCAGAUAACCACCACUCCUACUCUCAAUGAAAAAGGAUUCGGACCGGAAACGCCUCCAAAGGACUUACACGAGAUUACGCUCGAGGAAUUAUUAGACCCUUCUUCUAAGGCAGAGCAUAUAUUUUCUAAAUUGACUCAAGAACAACUGACCGCGAUUGAGAAAAAUUUGAACAGAGUUAAAAAGAAGAAAAUGAGUUCUCUAAAACAUCCUAUUAAAGGAUUCCGCACUGAUAAAAAAACGCGCAAAACCAGAUCAAUCGGUGGUUAUAAAAGAAAUGUAGCUCCUUCUAGAAAGAUCGAAUCUGAAAAUAAUAAUAAUAAUAUGAUAGAUUCUAUACAACAACUUCAACAACAAGAUGCUUUUCUUGAGAAUAUCUCUUCUGGCUAUGACUUUAAUUUCGGUGCAAUGCAAGAGCAACAACCAUUGCCAAUUCAUCAUAUCACAAAUGCUCUUACUUCACCAAUAUUACAGGGGAUGAAUGGUUUUAUCGCGGAUCAGCAGCAAAAUAUAAGCCAACUUGAUAAUGAACAUCAUCCUCACCAUCAACAAGAAUCAGUUCCAUUCUUAAUAUCAACACAAUCAGAACAACAACAUCAUAAAGCCAAUCAUCAAACCUAUCAAUUUAUUGCCUCUAAACCUAACGAAAUCUUUAUUGAAUCUCCACCUGUUUAUCUUGAGAAUCAAUCAAAUAAUAAUGAAGCCACCGCAUCAUGGAAUUCAAUGGAUGUUAUUCAAUUAUUCGCAUCAUCGUACAACUGUGUCUAUCCACGCGCAUUCUGUUCCCCCGAACUUUAUAAAGGUAAUCGAUGGGUAUAUGAAACUCAAUGCAAUGUCCUAGGAUGGAUGCUUGCAUAUCUUAAUCCAGAGGAAAUGAGCGGAAAACGCGGGCUUAUUCAAAGGGCUGUGGAUACUUUUCGUAAUUUGCAGCCAGGAUCUAAAUCAAGGCGAGUAGCUCGGCAGGAAAAAGUAUUGAAUGGUACAUUACGAAAACGUAAAUCUUCCCGCCCAGAAAAUGAGCCACGACCUACAAAACGUAAAUACACCAAUAAUCAGAAACCAAAAACCUUAAUCGUGGAUAAUGUGGUCAAAGGAGUAAAGUGCAGAAUCAAGAUCAAUGUAGAAGAUGUAAAUCUAAAUGAUAUCGAUAUCAUGUUCAAGAAAAAUAAUUGUGUAUUCCCAAGAGCAUUCUGUGAUCAAGAACAUUACGUGGGUCGUCGUUAUUAUGAAGAAGUUGCUUGUAAUGAAUUAGCAUGGAAAUUGGCUUGGCUGAAUCCUCGUCAUUUAGCUAAUAAAAAAUGUCUCCUUCAACGGGCUGUAGACAUCUACCGAACAAAAUUUACCGAGAAUCUUAAACCUCGCAUUUUCGACAAUAGUCCCUCUAGCGCAAAUUAUCAAACGCGACUUCCUUUUCUUUCAAUUCCUGACAAUUCUCUUUUCACUUCGUCCGGAAACAACUUAAUGCCGGCUACACCAUGCUCUCUUGAUAGUUCUGUUUGCGAAACACCAAUUUCUUGCAGUGAUAUCUCCACGCCAAUUACGUUAAAUGAGUCCCUUCUCGAUACAAAAGUUUACAUCGCAAAUCAACAACUUUCAUGCUUUGAGGGACUCUUCCUUGAUCCGAAUGCACUGCAGGAUAUGGAACAACAACAAAAACAAGCUGAUGAUGAUAAUGGUGGUGAAUUUGAUAGUAAUCUGUUAGCAGAUAGUUCCCUUGUGGAUCUAAUUAAUAGUGAAAUUGACGGAAAUAUGCCUUUCUGGCAAGAAUGUGAACUUUUUGUAUGA